AUGAGCAAGAAAAUCCGCGGUGGUGAUUCCGACUCCGACAGGGAGGACGGUGGCGCCAAGCUCAAUGCACCCACGGAGGCAUCUACCGAUGCCAUGGAUGUAGAUGUCCCACCAACUCCUGCCGACAAGAGACAGGCAGCAGCCAUGGCUCGCGCCGAACGAGCUGCGCGUAGAAAACAAAUCCGUGAGGGGUUGACGCCUGGAGGCUCCCAAAUUUCUUCCUUGGCCAGCACGCCGAAUCCCGAGUCCCAGCCCGCAUCGCCUGCGCUCAAAGCACAAGAAAAGAAGACGAGGGGAAGGAAGGCGACAAGAAAGAGCACAAUCGUCGCUGAGAAGGAAGAAGAAAAACCAGAGGACAAUACGGCGACAGGAACCCCCGACGAGACCACCACAGCAACAGAGCCCGCAGAGCCUACAGAGUCAGAAGAGCCCGCAGAGCCAGCAGAGCCAACAGAGCCAACAGAGCCAGCGACAGUGCCUACCUCUACUCCUGCAACAGAUGCCGAGCCGCUCCCCUUCGUGAUCGAUGUGAACCCCACCAAGAUCAAGAUUCCCGACAACACAAGCGCGUCCAUAGCCGGCUACGCCACAUCCAUUGCCCCCAGCUCGGCGUUCGGCGGCGAUAGCCAGAUCGGUGGCCCCAACCGCGCAGCAAGGCGGCGGCAGAUGCAGAUUGAUAACCAUCGGAAGGCGAUUAAGAAGGAGCUUGGCAUACCCGCCGAGUCGGACGAGCGCGCGGAGGAGGUGGACGCGCUACUCAAGACCUGGAUCGCCGAGUUUGACGAAAAGACCGAGGCGCGGGCGGCCAAGAAGAAGGCCAAGAAGAUCGCGUCAAAGGGGAAAGCACAGGGUAAGCCUUACUCAGGACGAAACAACAAAAAUGAUGAGAAGCAGAAGCAGAUAAAGAAGCAGAAGCAAAAAAAGGCCCUACGAGACCGGCAGGGAGGCAACUAG